ACUAGUUGAUCAUUUCGUCAUCUUUGUUUACCUAAUUUUGCACGAAUAAAUUAAUUGGCGAGAAACAAAUAUGAGUCUCAAAAUGAAUGAAAAUGAUGGUUAUAUGAUAAAAUUUACAGCGAACAAAACUGAAAAGUCGAUACGAGUACAACAACAAACACGCGAUCUUCUUCGUAACGCCAAUGUUUCUCAAUAUGCAUCAGAAAACACGCGAGACCGGCAGGCAGUAUUGUAUUUGAAAGAGAACAGAAUUUAUGAUUUCAUUGAAUUUUUGAUUGGCAAUCUUCUACUGCAUCGACCUUAUGAUCCUUAUGAAUAUCUGAGUCAACUGUUAGAUACAUAUAUUUUAUCCCGCGACGGCCUUGUCGACUCUUCUUUCUCUUUUCCCUUUUACAAAAAAGGAGCAAAUGACAAAUAGAACAUGCAAUAUAUUUUGCAAUAUGAAACGGUGCAAUGAAAAUGUAUAAUUCCGAACAACUGGAGAAGUAGUAUAAUAAUAUUUUCGUAUAAAUGAAUGUUUGCACAUAAUAACUUUUACUACGUAUGAUGUAAAAAAAGAUGUACGUGAGAAAUAGCGAGAGAAAUAGCGAGAGAAAAAGAUAAAGAAAAUUUAUUGCGGAAAGUGUAGUUAAAAAGUGCAAACUCGUACAUGACUAUAGGUACCUAAGUGCGCAUGCGCAUUACGUUAUGCGUGAAAUAUACUAUACACUAAAAGCACAGUUUGAAUUCAACCGAAAUUUUUCUUUCCCUUUUGGACGGAGCAAGGAAGCGGUAGGCUUGUCGUUGUCUCCUGAUCGCUCGUUAAUUUAUUUAAACAAUUAAAGUAGCAUUCGAGCAUGAUAAGGUGCGAGACGACGACAUUUCAUUCAGGUGCAAUAUAACUCGUAACAAUGAGCUCACAAAGCAUCGCUGUAAGUUAUUUCAUAUAUUUUUCAUGACUUGUAUGCAUUGCGAUAUUGACAUAAUGGCGGAUUUUCGUCAAAUAUCGGGAGAACAUUUAAGAAGAAAUAAACGAAAAUAAGUAUUUCCGUGAAGCUUAAAGAUUUGUGUGCGUAUUGUCAUUAUGAUUUUAGCACAAUAAUAUCGCGUAAUAUUAAUCUUACGCAUAAUUUGAUAAACAUACGAAUUCGAAUCAACUGCAUAAAGGGUGAGGGAAAGAGUGAGGAAAGAUUCUGAUAAUUUUGAUAUCGUGGUGUAAAAAUGCCGCCUACCGGAGAUAUUUUCGAUACAUACAUGACGAUGAAAAAAUCGAGUCAAUAAUAUUUAACCUUUACCGUGUUGCUAGCAACGUAAAGGAAAUCGAUAGUGAUUAAUAAUGCUAAAAUAUAUUCCAUUAACUCGACACUGUUACAUGUAUCAAUGAUGUAUUAUUCAUAAUGAUCAGACGUAUUGUAUAAAGCAUAGUAAACACAAACCGAGCUUGUGUGUACGAUACGUCCGUUUACUUCACGUUGUUGGUCGAUCAUUGAAAGUCAUUCGAUUGCCGCGCGUUGAAGAGAUGAAUAGUAUGUGUGUCUUGUAGAAUGAUUUAGAGACAAAAGAUCAAUGUGAACGGUGCAGAAUCAUUCAAAAUUCGGUUUUAUCUUAGUAUUUUAGUUAACCGAGUUAGCGUUUUUAACUUCAAUCUAACCUAUCCCGAUUCGGUUCUCGGCGUAGUUGUUUGUCUCAUUGAGUUUGUACACAACUUUACCGUGUAAAAAUAUUCAGGAGAAAUGAAAGAAAGUAUCAUUUGCUACAUUGUGGAGUCAUUAGUCAUUAGCAUGAUAAUUUCGAUUCAUAUAUGCGUGAUCUAUGAAUUAUAUCGUGAACAUUAAACACGAUUGACAUAACCAAAAAUCGAUCGUGUUGUUUACUAA